AUGUUGAGUCUGGUCCGACCCGCUGUCACCCGAUCGAUUCUGCGAGGCGCUCCCGGAUCCAUGCGGCUGCUGUCCUCCACAGCCCGGCUCCACGCCCCCGCCACAGACUCCGCCAUCAACAUCUACGCCGGAGGAUCUGCCGCUGCUGCUCCCCCAGCAGGCUUCCGAAUUCACAGACCCGCCACCUGGGAGGAGAGCGAAGAGGGCGCUCUUUCCAAGGCCACCAAGUACUUUUUGCUGGCCGAGAUGUUCCGUGGCCUGUACGUUGUGCUGGAACAGUUUUUCCGAGCUCCUUACACCAUCUACUACCCGUUCGAGAAGGGACCCGUCUCUCCUCGAUUCCGAGGCGAGCACGCCCUGCGACGUUACCCCAGUGGUGAGGAGCGAUGCAUUGCCUGCAAGCUGUGUGAGGCCAUCUGCCCCGCUCUGGCAAUUACCAUCGACGCUGAGGAGCGAAUCGACGGAUCGCGACGAACCACCAAGUACGAUAUCGACAUGACCAAGUGCAUCUACUGCGGCUACUGCCAGGAGUCGUGCCCCGUGGACGCCAUUGUCGAGACUCCCAACGUGGAGUACGCCACCGAGACUCGAGAAGAGCUGCUGUACAACAAGGAAAAGCUGCUUGCUAACGGAGACAAGUGGGAGCUCGAGCUGCAGUACGCUCUGGACGCUGAUGCUCCUUACAGAUAG